CUUAAAGUUCUGUAGAUCUUUGUAUAUAGUAUUUAGAAAUGACAAAUAGACAACACUAUCAUGAAGAAGAAUUUACAGUGGCUCAAUUCUAAUGUGAAAAAAUCAUCAUCGUGCAAUUUCAACAUUUACCAACAAUGUUAUCCUGUAAGACUUCCAAAAUUAGAGGAAUCUCCUGAAAAAGACCAAAGAAUAUUUGAUUUAAAAAAGCAAAAAUAUCCAGAUGAGCAUAUGACUUCUACAUCCACAACUGGAGGUUUAAAAUGUGUUGAAAUGCCUAAAAAGAUUUUGAAAGAUGUUGAAAGUUUGCAACUUGAGGAUUUGUUAGACGAAGAUGAAGUGGAGAGACACACAACUGUCAAGACCCCUACUCGUGUCAACAUGAUAUCGUAUACACAAAGUGAUGUUGAUUCAUUGUUAAACAAGAGAAAUGUAGCAAUGGAAUUGAAACAAGAUUUAGAGAAGAAAGCAAAGCAAGAUUUUAUUUCACUUACUUCAAAUAAAAAAUCUUUCACAAAGAAACGAUCAAAAUCUUUAUACUUAGAGUCUUUGGAUAGACGAUCACCAAGCAGGCGGACAAGCUAUUUUAAUGAAACAGAAGCCACAACUAAGAAUUCUACGUUGGAGUUUUUGAAACAACUGCAGAAGAAAAAAGAAUCGAAUUUAAUAAAAGAUUUGACAAAAUUAAAUCGAGCAAACUCUUCGCCAUCAGGAUGGAAAAAUACAAAAAUGUCGACAGUGAUGUUUGAAGAAAAAAAACAAAAAAAGAGUCUAAAUCAUACUAGAAAUUUAGAAAUAAAGGAUCCUAAAGAACAACCUCAUAAACUUUGUAAACGCAACAGCGAACUACGUUUACAAGAAAAUGAUAAUACAAAAAUACAAGAAAAUGACUGUCUGUUCACCUCUAAAGAUGAAUCUCCUUCACAUGUGGAUCUACAAAAUAGCCAGAAGCGGAGUGAAGCGCUAAAGCAGGACGACCUUUGGAAGCUUUUAGAGGAUAAAAGUGUUUGUUUAGAUGCGAAACGAGAUGAAAACGAUCGAUUAUAUGGAGAACCAAUCAGUCUAAAUGUAGCAAAGGGUUUACGCUAUAUGCUGUAUGGUUGUACCACAUCUUCAUUCAACAGUAUUUGGCGUGAACAGAAUUUGAUGUUUGUUAAACCAAAUUAUUAUGGUCUCAAAUUUUACAAGGAUGGACCAGCUGAAAUCAUGGCAGUGUUGCAAGCAUAUGUGAUGAAACAUUUGUUAUUUUUUGACGUGGAUCCUGCAUUACAAUACAAUCUUGAAGAAAGGUUACGCCCGAACGCAGAAACACAAUCUCGGAGCUUGGUGAAUGCUAUUUGUGAUAUGAUUUGGAAAGCUGGAAAGAAGAAGCAUGCUGUAGUUGCGUUGGCUAUCGGUAGAUGCAAGUUUAUUGCAGAUUCUACUUACAGAGAAGAUAAAGUAACGGAAAAGAUGGAGAUUUUUAAAUUCAGGAAACGUGAUGAGUUGGAAAAAUUUUGCCGCAGGAAUCUUCAUUUGCUUCAAAAUUCAGGGAUGAGUGGUUGUGUCUCGCUUUUAUAUUCCAUGAUGCUCUCAAGAGGUUUAUCAAACGUGCGUAAAGAUUGUGCAGAGUUAAAGCGUGGAAUGAUGGGCAAUGAAUCUGAGGACGUCAAUUUGAGAAGUCAGGCACUCAUAAACCUUUGUAUUUGUGGAAGAGCGGUUCCAAACGUGUUUAAUGGGAACAGAGCAAUUCUAGUGAAUGAGUAUGAAAGACAGAAGGGCGUGAAGAAGCGAUGCGAGGUGGGAUUUCUAACUCACAAAGAACAUUUGGACAGCAAACAUACUAAAGUUGGCAGCUGUUUGAAGACACCCUACUAUCCAAUCUGGGUGGUCCAUAAUUUCGACAAACUCUGUGUUUUAUUCAGUUUGAAGAAAGAGUUAGUGAAUGAUUGGAAAUUAGAAAGGAGGUUUGAUUUAUACCAUUACCAAGGCAUAGCAAGAUAUAUUGGAGCUGCGGAAUUAGACAUAAAAUUAACAAUAGACACCAUUCUGCCGUACGUCGAAAAUGAAUAUGAGGAGGAUGAUAAUUCUACGCUAGAAGAAGCUAUUCGCACAAAAUGGAAUGACGCAGUGAUCCAAUGGAAUGGGUAUACACGCUUUUAAAAGAUUAUGUUGAUUCAAAAGAUUCUCAGUGCGUUUGAAAUAUCCAAGAUUUGUCAAAUACAGUGUCGAAGUUACAAAUUACCGUUGCUUUGAAUAGAAUUUCCUCUAUUUUCGCCUUUUUGUUAUUUUGUUUUUUUCGUUAAAAAUCUUGUUUUUUUUGCGUAUAAAUUUGUAUUAUGUAUAUAAAUAUAUUUUUAUGAAUAAUGUAACUAUGUUUAAAACAAAAUGAUAAAAAUUUCGUGAAUUAAUUUUUGUCUCUUCUAAUAAUAGAUCCAUCCCAAAACAUUUAGUUUUUUUCCUCCACAGAAACGUUUAAAAAUCAAAGUGGUAGAAAAAUUGGACAACUUAUAAGUGAAAGCACAGAGCAAAUAAAUUCAGACUGGCCACAUCUAAAAUCACCUAGUAACCUUAAAUUUAGACAAAGAAUAUUGGUUCCUCCUGAAAUUUAAAAUUUAUCAAAAAUGUAACAGUUACUUCUUAUCAUGUUUUUUUAAAAAAACACUUUUUUAUAAGGAUCGUGUUUUUCGUUUUAACAUUCUCAACUCUUGGGCAAAAAUCGUCCUGAUAUUUCUUUGCACAGUUAACAUAGAAAUUGAAUGGUUUUAUUACGUUCCUUUAGUGUUUUCUUCCAUAAUUUUGACCCUGAAACCCUAAUGUUUCUAAAAUUGUAAAAUAAAUCUGCUGCUACCAUGGAAUUGAUGAGCAUGAUUGGCCAAAAACCUGAAAGAUUUUGGGUCCUUUGCUUGCUUAUUAUCAACAGAGGUGUAAAAAAAUAAAAAAUUUAAUGCCACCAUUAUGUUCCACAUUAGUGGAUUGUACAUUUGCAAAACAUUUUUUGUGCGAAACAGUGUCAUCUUUGUAACUGCAAGAAUUUUUACAGCUUGCAUUAUAAAACGAUAUAAUAGCGGAUGCUAACAUUUUAAAAUUAUUAAUUAACCAAAAUAAGUAUUUGAUCGUAAACAAAGGUAUACAGUAGUAAAGUGUUACAGUACUAAAUUCAAUAAAUUUAAUUGUUAAAAAUAUGUAAUAAUGCUGUCGAAUUAAACAACUUUGUAAACCAGGAAACUCACCGAAGGCAAAUAACUAGUCUCAUCAUUAAGAACCUGUUGAAAUAACAUAUACUCUACGAAGACGCUCAUAUAUAAAAAUAUGCACCAAAAGAGAAUUAAAGUAAGCUAUGUAAAAAAUGCUAAAUAUUAUAUAAGAAAUGCCUGCAAAGAUAAAUAAAGAUCUAAAAGUAUAAGACUUCAUUGUUCAUUCUGUGUAAUAUAAAUGUUUUUACUUUGGUUUGAAAACAUUUAAAGGAUCGCUCAUUGUCAAGUACAAAUCUAUUAAUUUUGUGUAUGCUAUUCCAGAUAUAUGGACCACUUUAUGAAGCUGAAAACUGACUGGCCUUAGUUUUUUUGUAUGGUGGAUAGUACUGACCAGAUGACCUGGUUGAAUAUUUACUUUCUCUUACUUGACACAUGUUAGAAAUUAUGGGGGUAUAGAUUUGUUUUUCAUUUUAUACAUAAAGCAUACGUUCUGAAAAAUAUUUAUCUGGAAAAUAUUUAAAGCUUUUAUAGACUGCAGUAGUGGUUUGCUAUGCGUAAAUUUGUCUUGGAAAAGAAUAGUUCUUACAGCGUGUUUUUGACGUUUAUAUUUCGAUUUAAGUUUAGAUUGCCCCAAACUAUAUUUGCGUAAUUUAUAUGACUAUGUACGAAUGAAAAAUAUAAAUUUAUUAGAUAAUGUUUAUUUAGGAGGCGUCAAGCUUUAUAAAGAACAAUUACACUUACAGUUUCAAUGUGUUUUCGCCAGGUAAGAUUCUCAUCUAGUAUAACCCCCAGGAACUUUGUUUUUGUUUUCGUGAGAUUGUGAAAUCUCCGAUUUUUAAUUCCGUUAAUAUUGUUGGUAGUCUAUUCCUUUUAUGCACUCGGUGGAAUAAUAUAUAUCUAGUCUUCUUAACAUUUAGAGAUAUUUAUUUGCCUUAAACCAGUCUGUUAGUUUUAUAAGUUCGUUGUUUACAGUUCUGUAGAGUGUUUUGAGAUCUUCAUGAGAAUAGAAAAGGUUGGUAUCAUCCGCAAACAUAAUGGGAUUUAGAACUUGAGUGGAACAAUUAAGAUCAAAAAUGUACAAACGGAGUAUUUUCAACACAACAGCAUGGUCAGUACACAUAAAAAUUCAAAAGUUUCAAAACACAUCCCCUGAAUGAUAUACUUGCGUCAAGGGUGCAGUUAUAAGGUAAGGAUAGUUGUUCUUGUGUAGUGCGCCAACUCGUAACAAUAUUGUUAACUAGUUUAUAAAGCCCGUGGAAAAAUCCACUUAGGCAGGAUAAAAAUGAAAAAGAAGCGUUAUUUCAAUUUUAGUUUUAGGUUUUAGGUGCACUGUAAUGGCUUCAUUAAUUUAAUAUAGGAUAUUGACGUUAAAGUAGUAUUAUUGACGUCGCGCCGUAACGUCAGAAAAUUUAACAUAUUAGACAUAAGUUUUUCGGCGACAUCAAAGAAAAAUGACGAUAUCCACUUUGCCUGUUACAAACAGACACAGUCUCUGUAUUAUUAUAAGAGAUUUAUUUAGCAGGAAGAAAAUUGGGUGGAAAUAAAAUAUAGUGAAAUUUAAUUUAGCAAGAAUUUAACGGGUUUUUGUCAAAUCUGCCAAUUCCGCCGAAUUUUCGGUCCGACAAUCUUUAGCGACAGUUUGAACAAAUGCUCAAAAAAAUUUGAUAAAUGUCGUUCCCGGGGCUUUUUUUACUCGCGCUAGCCUAGUUAUUAAAAGGCAAGUAAGCCCUGGAGAACAAGAUUAAGUACAGAUAGUGGAUUUUAAACAAAAACUAACUACAGCAUUCUCCCCAAAUAACGGACACUAUAAAAGCCUUCCAUAAACCUCGGCUGUAAUCGAAGUGUUCGGGCUUUCAAGAGCAUGAAACAUAUUUUUGAUAUAUUUUGUGGCAUGUUUUCGUUUUGUAAAGAAUCAGUUCUUAUUAUUGCUAUUGCAUUUCCUUGUUAGAUGGCUCAUGCCUACAUUGUAACAAUUUCUCCAAAAAGGGGCUCCAGAUGUUAAUGUAGACAUGAUAUCCUCUACCAAAAGAUUUUUACAAUGAACUAAGAUUUUAGAAUGAAUGAAUGAAUAAAUGAUAAAUUUUUUUUCAAAAAAAUCCUUCGAAUGCUAAAGGCCUGUUUCCACUCAGGAAAAUUUUCCUCAGAAAAGAAAAAUUUUCGAAUUGCACAUUUAUCGUUUAUUAUAGUUUAUUAUAGUUUAUCAAAAUAGAGGCUUCUCCCCUUUCAUCACCUGUAUCUUGUUUUCAACAACGCUUUUCUGGCAUUACUUCCUGGCAUUGUGUCUGGCAUUGCAAGUCCUUUAGUUCCAAGUGCCCAAGAGAAUGCUGAUGACUCAGAACAGCAGCAAGAUCUUAAAUCUACUUGUGAAGAAGAACGUGAAGAACUCUCUGUGCAUGAAAGGUUAGUAAACCUAAUGCCAGAGUACUCGUGCAUAUGGAAAUUGUACUCAACAGAAUACAAAGACAAAGACAGAAUAAUAAGGUCCUGGGAGGAAAUUUCAAAGAGAUUGAAAGACAUUAAUGGUAAGCUAGCUUAGCUACUAGCUACCUUUCGUAGUGUAUAUUCGUAGGCACUUUUGCUCACUUUUGCGUAUGUAUAUGUUCAUCCGCUAUUCGUACGUAAAGUGCUUUAGGGCUAGGGUUAGGGUUAGGAUUCUUUUUUCCUUUUCCGCCGCGUAAAUAUGUCAUAUAUUACGUAUGAAAGUGCGUACGAAUAUACAGUUCCGCUACCUUUUUUGCUUAGUUUAUACAAAACUAAAAAAUAUUUUUUGGGGAUAUUUUUUUUACUCUUCACUCGUUGUAGGACAUUUCAAGUAGCCUUCUCUCAAUAACAUCGUCCAAAGAGCUUUGCACGUUUCUGCAACUAUGCGAGUAAUUGAUGUCGGACUUACGCGAUAACUACAUGCAAUGGAUACUUGAGAAUCACCAGUCACUAGAUAGCGGAAUGUUAAACAAAGUCUUUCUGACGGACUAAUUGCCUCCCUGCGCAAUGAACAUUUCGUGAAUGAGCACAUGAUAUUCACCUUUGAAAGUACGUUCGGAAAAUAUUUUACGAACCCAACAUCGCUUGCUUUGCCUUGCUCUAGAUAAUUUUCUUCGCAGCAAAAUUAGUAAAAGCGUCUAUUUAUUCCAGCCAUUUUUAUUUUCGAUUUCGUUUUCUGAUUUUCCCGCGUUGUGGAAAUGCCUGAAGAAGCAUAAGCUUGCGCUGAGCGGAGGCAGAGAGAUAUGGAAAAUUCAAGCUCCUGCUCUAACUCUCCUAUUUCAGAAGUAGAAUAUUCAAGUGUUGUCAAGAAUUUUCAAAUUUAUUAAACCACAAGUUGAAUGAUAACAAGUGCAUCACGAUGCACAAGGAUUUUAAAAUUUUAUGUUUGAACCGUUGUGGAAAUGCCGGUAGAUAAAACUCCGUGGAAAUUUUUCCUGUCCACGAAAAAUUUCCCAGAGUGGAAACGGCCCUUAACUCUGAAAUAUCGAAUAAAAAAAAUGUUCAAACGCGUUGAUUCAAUCGAAUAUAUUGAUUCGAUCGAACGGGUUGAUUCGGAUGUCUUAAUGCUUUUAAGAAAGAUUUUUUUUAAAUGAACAAUAUCUUCGUCAUCAUCAUGGCUCCUGCUAACUUGAAAAAGCGUGAAGCUGGGAAACUUAACAAACGCUACCUGACGUUAGACGAGAAAAUCAAAAUAUUCGAUGACAAUAAAAAAAAAUGAGUUGUAGAGACAUUUCUAAAACAUAAUAUUGAAAAGACACAAGCAGCAAAUGUUUUGAAAAAUGAGAAAAAGCUCAGAGCAGAGUUAGAAGACUUUCAAUUCAAGGGUUUCAAAAUAUCAACAGAGAAA